GCGCUCGUCUUCUUCCCCGGCAGCAGGCCAGCAGUGCUCUGUGCUCCCCUUCGCUUGCUCACCCCUGCCGUCUCCCACCGCCGUCGGCCGUCGCCAUGCCUUUCCAAUUCCAGUUCCCAUGGUUCAAGAACCCCACCGCCGCCGACGGCACCUCCGACCCAAACCCCAAUCCUAGCCCCCGCAUCCCCAAUCCCUUCGUCCCCAUCCAAGCCCACCUCACCUCCUUCCUCUCCUCCCUCCCCCGGGCCCUCCCGCCGCCGCCGCCCUGGGCACGCAUCCCCUCGCCCUCCUCGGCUUCGGCCACGGCCUCCGCCUCCACGGCCCUCCGGGUAACCGAGAUCGAGGAGCGGCUCGCCGGGGUACCCGUGUACGCGCUCGCCAACGCCGCCCAGGAGUUCGUGCUCGUGUCGUCCUCCCGCGAGGGAGGGCAAGGGGGCGAUGGCGCGCGGCAGCCUCCAGCGCUCGGCCUGCUAUGCUUCCGGAAGGAGGAUGCCGACGCGCUGCUGGAGCAGAUGGAGGGCGACAUGCGCGCCGGUUCCAGCGUCGUGCCCGUCGCGCUCAACAAGGUCAUCCAACUAAAGUCUGAUGGUGUGGCAUUUAGAUUCCUCCCUGAUUCAUCUCAGGUGGCUAAUGCAAUUAAGUUGAUGCAAGAUGAAGGGCUGUAUGCCAGAGAGGGAUUUCCAGGAGUUCCAGUUUUUCAGUCAAGGAGCUUGGUCUUGAUGAGUGAUAACAAGAGAUAUCGUCCAGUUUUCUUCAGAAAGGAGGACUUGGAUAACUCACUGUACCGGACCUCUCGUGAUCAGCAAAAACCUAAUCCUGCUGUUAGGCUUGGUGACACUCAGGUUUCUUCUUUGGAAGAUAUCAUCAAAUCUAUGAAGGAUAACUCCUCUUCAAAAUGGGAUGAUGUUGUAUUUAUUCCUCCUGGAUUUGACCUUGCUACUGGCUCGAAGCCAUCACACCUCAACAAGUAGAUCAUUCUAUAGAAGGUGGUUAGCAGUGCUAUCCUUAGUCAGGAAACUUUACAUUUGACAGUCUGGACACUUUGAUAGAAGUAGAAUAUAUAUACAUAUCUUUGACAAAGUAUGUGCUUUUGUCCCUCCAACUAGCAUUAUCGUUAGUUCCUGUGUUAGCUGUAUGUAGUGUGGCAUUAGCCAGCAGGAAACUGAAAUGUAAUGUAGGUAGCAUGCAGUUUCGCUAUGCUAUUUUGAUAUGCCUUAAAUCCUGAAGUCUUCACAUAUUA